CCUUAUGAGCAUAUGUACUCGGCUUGGUGACUGAAGUAAGUGAGAUUCAGCCAGUUGAGGUCUCCCCUAACCAGAAUCCAACCAUUACAAGGAAGCUUACUCUAAGAAAUGCAAGAGAUGUUGAAAUGAGUAUGACUUUAUGGGGCCAACGAGCAAGUAAUUUUGAUAUUGAAGAGCUUUGUAACAUUAACGAUGGCAAGCCAGUUCCAGUUCUCUUUGUCGGCUGCCUUAUGAAAACCUUUCGAGGUCAGGACUACAUUAGUGGCAGUGCAGCCAGUAAAUGGUACUUCAAUCCUGACAUUCCAGAAGUCUCAGCGUUUUCGAACAGACUUAGCAACGAAAGAAUUCACAUCAACCAUUUACCACCACCACCACCUCCAAACCAGCCUCAACAGCCACAAAGCAUGCCGCAACAAGAAAUCAGCUACCUCGCUGAUCUACAGAGGAUAGACCCGUACGAUUUCCCGACAAAUGGUUGCCUAUGCACAGUUACCAUUGCCAGGCUCAUCGCAGAUGCGCCCUGGUGGUUUCCAUCAUGCACUAGAUGUGGUAAGGCGUGCACUGUAGAAGGGAACACUUUUAGAUGCUAUCAAUGUGACUGCUCAAACUACAAGUACAAAUACAAGCUCUCUUUUAUAGCGACUGAUGGCACCGCAGAAGCAGAAAUGAUAUGUUUUGGACCUGUUGCUCAGCGCAUUGUUGGGAGAAGUGUUGAUUCAAUGAUGAGAACUGUCAGGCAUGAUGAGGACUUCCCACCAGACAUUGCAGGAAUUGUCUCUCAUAAGUUCACAUUCGCGAUCAAUAUGACGAGCCAGAGUUUCUACACGUGUAUCAAGAAGUACAUGAUCACCUCAAUAAUCACUUCAUAUGGACGACAGUGAGCUAUUCCUCACCUUCCUGCACCUGCUCCUGCUGCCCAGCCAAGUGAGCAGCGAAGGGACACCACAUCUAGUACCAGCAGAACCUUAGACAAACAUGCGUUGAACAUCGUCUCUGAAUUAGCUUCCCAGCACCAGACUCCUCCAGCAAGCCCAACAACUGCUGAAACUCCGGCUAAAGAAAUGUCGAUUCGGUCCUCUGACGACAACCCAAAACCAUCAAGCACCAAAGGUUCCGAGGCAAAGACCCUACGUUCUCACAAGAACAAAUAUCUGGUGCACCACUGAAAGCCUCACUUCCACUGUAUCAUCCUCCAUCGGAUCUGUGAAAUUACUACUACAUCCACAGACCUCCUAGUGACGAAAAGCUGCUCGCACCUACAAUCUUUUGUUGGAGUGCGCAAACUCCUGUGUAAAUAUUCCUAGCAGCUUGACAACCCACAAAUAAAUGCGUGUUGCUGUAGAGCAAUCUAGCCCAACAGGGAUGUCACCUCCUUGCUUGCAUAUUAUGUACUGGUAAUGUAAUGCGCACUGUACAUGUGCACUGAAUCCUGGCAACCUAAUCCUACAUCAUGUAAUAUAUCCCAUCUGCCAAAGUAUCGUCAUCCUUUGAACGUUUAUAUUACAAGCUCCUGAUCUUGCCUAA